ACUCCUGAAGCCAGCCAGACCAGGAACCCACCAGAAGGAACCAAUUCCGGACACAUAACAAGCAGCAGUGAGGACACCAAAGGUAUUAUGGGAACUUUCAGAGGAAGCUAUUCAAAAGGCAGGAGUGAGACCCAUCAAAGAGCAAGAUCUAAACCAGUGAAGAGGAAGAAAGGGUAAGCAAAUUCUCUGCGGACCCAAGAUAGGUCCUCAAGCAUUGGAAAAGAGCGCCUCCUGGUGGUGUUUGAGCAGAAGUAAGUUAAAUUUGACCUGUAAGCCUGAUGGCUCCUGAACAAAGUUCAGUGGGAAAAUUCUUUGUGGUCCCUUUACAGCAUGCUGUUAAGGUGUAUAACCACAUGAAGAAGGACCCUACUGGAUUUGUUCUGGUGACAUUAUAUAGCAAUUACUUAUGAUACUAUGCACGAAUAGCCUGCAUACAUAGUCCCCAGAUCUUGAGUAUGUGAUGCUUGGAAGCAUAAUACAUCUUUUGCAGGCAUCACUCGAAUGUGUUUUCUAUAUUUGGUAGUGAUUAGGUUACUAAUUGGAAAGGUUAGGAUAUUGUUUCCAGCAAGUGUAGGAAAACAAGUGAUAGUGAUGUCUAGAAUAUCAAGAUAGCUUUCUGUUCUUCCUUUGGAGCGUCACGGUGAAUUGGGAACACAGGGAGGCACUGGCAUUUGUGAAAUUGCUUCUUGAGUUUUUGGCAUUAGCCCACAAGCCCAAGGAUUGCUCAAGUUUUUUGCUACAGAAUAAGCCUUAGGUAAAGCUAUCCACAGAUUAUGGUCCCAUGGAUUUUCCUGUAAGGAAAAGGAAAUAAUUGGGGCAGAAGAAAAUUAGGGGAAAAAAAGUAAAAGGAUACGGCUUUCAGGAUGGAGGUAAGUCUUGGCCCAUGGUCUUAGGAGAGCUGUACAUAUGUAAGAUGCUGUCUGCUUCUGGAGAAAAACUUCAAGAGUCUGCAGAGGUCCCUUUGAAUUGUGUGAUGUAGAUCUAAGGUUUGCAACCCUGAAGUUUUACUGCAAUUUGGGUGGGAAGAAGAACUUGAUAUGGUCCCUUUUAGUGGGGUUUAAGGGCAAUCUUCCUCUGAUAUCAUUUCCAGAAGACCCAAUCUCCAGAUUCCAAAUCAUGCAGGGCUUGAUUGUUCUCAUUGGUGGAUCAUGAAAAGCUUCCUUUACCUGGUGAUAAUAUAUUUUGGCAUUAAACCUUUGAAGUAUUUAGUCAUAUCAGAGUUUAAGAGAGUGAAAUUCUAUUAUUAGGGGCAUAAACUUUCCAGUGACUAUUUUAUCAGGGGCCAAUUUAUGCUUUCUGGUGGGGAUGAAUCUGAUUGCUAUCAAGGCCAAUGGUAAUACAGUUGGCCGUGGAAAUAUAAUCAAUUCAAUGAGCUUUGCCGAUUUCAGUUUUGUUUUUGUUUUUGUUGUUGUCAUUGUUUGUUUUUUUGGGGGGGAUGGGUGUUCCUUUUUUUUGUUUGUUUUGGAGACAGGAUCUUCCUCUGUCAUCCAGGCUGGAGUGCAGUGACGCAAUCUUGGCUCACUGCAACCUUCACCUCCUGGAUUCAAGCGAUUCUCCUGCUUCAGCCUCCAGAGUAGCUGGGAUUACAGGCAUGCACCACAGGCUAAUUUUUUGUAUUUUUAGUAGAGAUGGGGUUUUGCCAUGUUGGCCAGGCUGGUCUCGAACUCCUGACCUCAAGUGAUCUGCCCACCUCAGCUUCCAAAAGUGCUGGGAUUGCAGGCGCGAGCCACUGCACCCAGCCCAAUUUCAGUUUCAAAAUGCCAUUUGUCCUUUUGACCUUUCCAGAAGACUGAGGGUGAUAAGGACAGUGUUAAUGCCACUGUGUCCAUGACAUCUUAUGUUACAUAACUACUUUAUAACUUGUCCAGUAAAAUGGUCUCCCUUUAACACUGGGGAUUUCUCCAGGGAUGCCCCAGCAAGGAAACACAUUUUCUAAUAACUUUCUAAUGAUUUUUUAAACUACUGUCACAGCCUCAGCUUACCUACCUCUACCCAACCAGAAAACAUUCAAACUCUUAAGAGAACAUACUGAUAUGCCAUUGAAGUUGGCAAUUGAGAGAAAUCCAUCUGUCAGUUUUUAAAUAGCCCAUCGGGUGGUGUAUUCCCACCUGAAAUUUUAAUUGCCUUUCCAGAAUUACGGGUUUGACAAACCAAACAUUCAUUAUUUUCCUCUCUAGAGAGAGUUUUUGCCUUGUAGAUCUGAUCAGGAAAAAAUAAAAACAAUAUAAAUAAAUAACACAAAAUAUUUAUUAUCAACCAUUUUAGCAAUUUUAGAAAAAUCACCCAGCCAUUUUUUUUUUUUUUUUUAUGAUUUUGCCUGUCUCAUGAUGAGUUGUGGAGUGUAGCGCUUUUAAGAAUUGAAGCUCGAGGGACUCACGAUGGACCCGGUGUCUGUCUGCGAUGUGAUGCUGGAGAACUUUGCACUUGUGGCCUCGCUGGGCCUUGCAUCUUCCCAGACUCAGGUAGUUGUCCACUUGGGGCUGGAGGAAGAGACAUGGAUGCCUGACAAAGCUAUGGGAGGAGGGACUCUGGGGGGGACUGGCUCUGGUAAGUGGGAAGUGAGGGAUGGCUUAACAUCAGGGCUGGGUUCUCAUGAUUCCAGCAACCUUGCCAGUGUCCAUCAUUGUUUUUAUACCAAGGGCAGGGGCCAUAACUCUUUUCUAUGUUUUGCAUUCUUGACAUUUUGCCCAUUUCUCUUUCCUACACUGACAUCUGGCCAGGGCCGACUCCCACCUCUCUGAUUUCCAGGUCUCACCCCUUCCUUUCCACUGUUCCCUCUGCAGUGUUCUCUAACCCUGAGCUACACAUAAUGUUUUGUGAGAUGUUCACAUAGCCUAAGUAGUUCUUGAACAGCUACUCAGUUGCAGUUGGUUUUCCUGAGUCUGGACACACCCUUUUGUUCAGUGCUCCUGUGUCACCAGCAGACAAGCUCCUGCUAAAAGCCAUUGCAGAGAAGUGAGAGGGAGAUGCAGCCUCUCCUUCCUGGGCUGCAUCCCAUCACUGUGCCCUUGCUCCUCCCUAGACCUCCCCGUUGUAUCAUGAUGCCAGGCUUAGCGCAGUAGACUCUUUGUCACCUGUAACCCCCGUAGCCCCCCAAGAGUCCUGUGUACUUGUUCCUGCAUUUGUAAGACACACACUGUGAUAGGGCUGCCUCUCCCACGAAAGUCAGUCCUAGACCAGGAGUCUUGCAAUGAACCCAGUAGAUCCCACCAGGCUGUAUGUAUACUUCAAUAUUUCUUUGCUUUCAGGUUGUUGGUUUCUAAUGGAGGAUGAGGAGCCAUCUUCUCAAGGAGUGUCACAGGUCAGGGCUCCUAAGGCAAGUCCAGCUGCCCAGAAAGCCUCCCCUUGUAGGAUUUGUGGUCCAGUCAUGAAAGACAUUUUGCUCUUGGCUGAGCAUCAGGGAAUCCACCCCGGGCACAAACUGCACACACGGGGGGCAUGUGGGAGACAAUUCUGGGUCAGUACAGACACCCCCUAGCACCAGAGGCAGCACAGUGGAGAGAACUGCCUCAGCAGAGAUAAGGAUAGGGCUUUGUUAAGAACUGCAGAGUCUACAUGUCAGUGAAUCCCUUCACAUGUGGGUACUGUGAGAAGGACCUCCUGCCCAGUUCAGGCCUUCUCCAGUACCAGACCCAGAAUUCACCCAGAAAUACUGAGUGCAAGGAGGCCUCUCACAUUGGAGAAGGGUAUCACAGGUGCAGUGAAUGUGGGAAAGCCUUUAGCCACAGAAAUAGGCUUUGUGAGCACCAGAGAGUCCACAGCAGAGAAAGACCUUACAAAUGCAGUGAAUGUGGGAAAUUCUUCAGUCAUAACUCUAGCCUUACUGUACACCGGAGAGUUCACAUGGGUUUAAUGCCUUAUGGGUGCAGCGAAUGUGGGAAAGCCUACAGAAAAAGCUCCCAUCUUGUUCAACACAAGAAAGUUCACACUGGAGAGAGGUCUUAUGAGUGCAGUGAAUGUGGAAAAGCCUACAGCAGAAGCACCCACCUUGUUAGGCAUAAAAACCUUCACACUGGAGAAAGGGCUUACAGAUGCAGUGAAUGUGGGAAAGCCUAUAGCAGCAAACACACGCUCAUUCAGCACCAGAGAGUCCACACUGGAGAAAGUCCACACUGGAGUGCAGCAAAUGUGCGAAAUUAUUUAGCCAGAAUUCCAGCAUUAUUAUACACCCGAGAGUUCCCAGUGGAGCCAGGCCUUAUGAAUGCAGUGAAUGUGGGAAAUCCUUUAGACAAAGCUAUGGCCUUAUUGAACACCAGAGAAUUCACACUGGGGCAAAGCCUUAUAAGUGUAGUGAAUGUGGGAAAUGCUUCAGCUGCAAAAUCACACUUGCUCGGCAUUGGAGAAUCCACACUGGAGAAAGGCCUUAUAAGUGCACUGAAUGUGGGAAGGUUUUUAGCCAAAUCUCUGGCCUUAUUGCACAUCAGAGAGUUCACACUGGUGAAAGGCUAUAGGAGUGCACAGAAUGUGGGAAAUCUUUUAGCCAAAGAUCCAGCCUCAUUUUACACCGGAGAGUUCACACUGGUGAAAGGCCCUAUGCGUGCAGCGAAUGUGGGAAAGCCUUCAGCGUUAAAUCUAUACUUGUUCAACACCUGAGAGUCCAUACUAGAAAAAGACCUUAUGAGUGUAGUGAAUGUAGGAAAUUAUUUAGCCACAAGUCCAACCUCAUUAAAUAUAAAAAAAAAUCACACUGGAGAAAAGGCUUAAACCAACAGCCUAUGUGGUGCCAGAAAGUUCACCCUGGAGGAAGGCCUUGGAAUGCAGGGAGUAUGCUGUCUGCUUGGUCCACAUAGUGGGUGACACCAGACAGAAGCUCUGAAAGUAGCCUUUGUGUAGUAGCUAUCAGCCAAAAGUUAAUCUCACAUCUGGACAUCCAUGCUGGAGAGAUUCCGUGUGAGUGCCAGGUAGGUGGGAAGCUUUCAGGAGUUGCAUUGCACUUUCUAACCUGCCUAAGGCUCUUACCUGAGUUCUGUCACUGCCGGUACCUGUGGGAGAAGCCAUUUCACCUCUACCAGCUGGCAAGUGUACCUUAGGUUACCCAGGGUGCUCAGUGAAGGCAGACCUCUGUACUCCCUCCGCUUCCCUGGAGGAAAUCAUGAGUGGGCUGAGGCCAUUGGAGACCACCAUAAUUACAUUCACAUACUGCAUGUGAUUCAUAGAGCUCAGGGCAACAAAAUAGAGGGUAUGUGCCCCAUCUAAACAUGCUUCCAGAGUGUGCUAUAGCUGUGAGGCAUGAGGGUACACAGAUUAUUCUCAGGACUUCCAGAUUUAGUCUCCUGUGCACAAGGUCAAUGGCAGAGCAAAUAAUCUGAAUGUGUUCUGGAUUGCUGAGGCUGUUGUGGCUGUUCACCUCUAGGCCAUUGCUACACAAGCAAGAAACGGGACAGAGAGGAGAGAUCAGAGUCUAGGCAUGUGACUUCUGUGACUCACAAACAAGCUUUAUUGCUCGCUAGUCUUUGCUCCCAUUGAAGCAGGGCUGUCCCUUCCAAAGAAUGAGAAUAGUUAUGGAGUCCCUUAUAUAUGUACUAAAUUUUCUGGUUUUUCAAGAGAAGCAGGAGACCCAGAUUUUUUAUGUGGAGCCAUUUUUUUAAAGCUCUAUUGAGAUAUUGUCGUGCAGUAAACUGUGCAUAUUUAAAAUGUAAAUGUAUUAAGUGUUAUCUAAUGUGUACACCCAGGAAACCAUCACCAUAAUGAUGAUAAUGAGCAGAUUCAUCACCUUCAAAGUCAUCUCAGCCCCCUUUAAAAUCCCUCUUUCCCUCCCUCCCUGGCACCCCAUUCCCACAAACAUUGAUUUACUGUCUCUUGCUGUAGACUUAUUUUCUUUUUCUAAAACUUUACAUAAAUGGAAUAACAAAAUGCUGUUUUUUGCUUUUUUCUCACUCAGCAUAAUUAUUUUGAGAUUCCUCCAUGUUGCAUGUAUCAACACUUCAUUGUUUUAUUACAGACUCGUGUAUAGCUUUAUAUAGAUACUCCACAAUUUUUCUGCUCAUUUGUUAAAGGACAUUUGGAUUGCUUCUAGUUUGGGGCUAUUACAAAUAAAGCUGCUAUCCACAUUCAUGUACUAGUCUUUCUUAUAUGUUAAUACCUAGGAGUAACAGGACUGAGUGUUUCAUUUCUACCUGUGGGAUGUUAAUUUAUACAGGUGACUAAGUGACAACACAGAGAAGCCAGUGCCAUUGAAAUAAUUUACCAUUCACAUUUUCCAAGAGAAGGAAAGGCAUCAUGCCACAGAGGGCCACAUGGAAAGCACCAGUGUUGGUCAGGAGGCAGGAGCAAGGGGAAAACAUAGGCCACAGCCUUUAUUGGGGUUUCCAUGGAAAAGACCAGGCAGGGCAGAGUAAGCAGCUUGCGAUUAGCUAGUUUGCAUAAUUUCAGCAGGCUUUGGCCUACAGGGUUGGUCUCUGAUUGCCUGGUACUUGGUCCUGGGGUGCUUUAGUGCAGAAGAGAUAUUGGCGUGGAGUGUGAGAGUUGGAUAAAGAGGUAAUUGGGGCUGUAGACUCUGGACUGGUUGGUUGUAUAUGAGAGAGGUGCUCUGGGUCAAGCCUUUUGCCAUCUCUAAGAAAGGGCUAGCCCUGGGAGGAGCAGUCUUUCCAGAGCCAGCAAACUUUUAAAGAUGUCACCAUAAAAUACAGAAAAUAAGCAUAAGCACACCAACUUACAGGGUAAGUGGAUGUUUACCUUUUUCAAACUGACAAAUUGUGUUCCAAAGUGGUUAUACUAUUUUACAUUCUCUCCACAGUGUUACGAGGAUUUCAGGAACUCCAUGUCCUCACCAACACUUGGUAUGGUCAGUGUUUAAUUUUCACCAUUCUCAUUUGGUGUGUAGUGGUAUUUCUCUGUGAUUUUACUUUGAAUCCCCCUAAUGACUAAUGUUUACAAUUUUUAUGUGUACUACUGCCAUCCCUCUGUCUUCUUUGGACUUUUAAGUGUUCAAAUCUUUUGCCCAUUUAAACUUUUUUCUUUAUUAUUGAGUUUUGAGGGUUCUUAAUAAAUAUUGAAUACAAGUCCUCCUUCAGAUAUGUGAUUUGCCAGUAUAGUUUUCUAGCCUGUGGAUCUUUUUUACCUUCAUCUUAACAGUCUGUCCUAUAGCAGAAAAUUUUACUGUUGACAAAGUUGAAUGUGUUAUUUUUCCUUUGAUUGAACAUAUUUUUGGUACAUAUUUCAGAAGUAUUUGCCAAGAUUUAAGAAAUUAUUUCAUGUUACUUAAAGUUUUAUACUUUUAGGUUUAUAAUCCAGUUUGAGGUAGUUCUUGAAUAUUGUAUACCAUGUGAGGUUUGGGGUCACAGCUUUACAGUGUUGUUUUUUGGUUUUUGUUUUAAUACGGAUGUCCAGUUCAUUCAACAACAUUUCUUUAAAACACGAUCUUCAGUGAGUUGCCUUUGCACCUUUCUUUAAAAUUAUUUGAUCUUAUAUUUGUUGGUCUAUUUCUGCACUUCCUUAAUCUGUAUUUUUGCUAAUAUUUUAAAGUCUUAUUUAACAUAAUUUUACACUAUGUCUUUAAAUCAGGCAAUGUAAUCCUUUAACUUUGUACUUCUUUUCAAAUUUUUUUUGUUUUUAUUUUGUUUUGUUUUUGGCUUUUCUAAGUUCUUCGCAUUUCCAUAUGAAUUUUAGAAUUUAGUUGUCAUUUUCUAAUAAAAGUAUUGUGGAUUUUGAUUGGGAUUGCAUUGAAUAUAUGUAUAUCAAUUUGAAGAGAAUUUUAACUUUAACAAUAUUGAGUGUUGUAACCCAUAAACGUGGUAUAUCUCUCCCUUUAUUUAGAUCUUUAAUUUUUCUCAGCAAUCUUUUAUAGUUUUCAGUGUAUAUAUCUUGCACAUCUUAUAUGUCUCAAGUAUAUGUUGUAUGCUCUUGUAAAAAGUACUCUUAAAUUUCAGUUUUAAAUUGGUCAUUGUUAUACAUAGAAAUACAAUUUUUAUAGAAAUAUUAUCUACCCUGUAAACCAGAGGUGUCCAAUCUUUUGGCUUCCCUGGCCCACAGUGGAAGAAGAAUUGUCUCGGGCCACAGAUAAAAUAUACUAAGACUAAUGAUAGAAUG